AUGGCAGUUCAUUCAGGAGCAGAUCUUGAGUCUUCUAUUACAAACUGUAUGGGCUACAGAUCUGAGGGUCAAGGCUUCAUGGUUGGAGUAAAGAUAAAUCCCAUUAAAGACUUGCCAUCUGGUUUCCCUGAAUUGCUUCAAUUUGUACUAGAACAUGUUGAAGAUAAGAACGUAGAAGCCCUUCUUGAGGGUUUGCUAGAGGCACGUCAGGAGCUUAGACCUCUGCUAUUUAAGUCAAAGGAUCGUCUUAAGGAUCUUUUAUUUUUGGAUAUUGCACUUGAUUCCACUGUUAGGACAGCUAUUGAACGGGGGUAUGAGGAAAUAAACAAUGCUGGACCAGAGAAAAUUAUGUACUUCAUCACCUUGGUUCUUGAAAACCUCGCACUUUCUUCAGAUGAUAAUGAAGAUCUUAUUUACUGCUUGAAGGGAUGGAAACAUGCACUAAGUAUGUCAAAUAGCAAAAGUGAUCGCUGGGCGCUAUUUUCAAAAUCAGUCCUUGACAGAACUCGCCUUGCCCUUGCUAGCAAGGCAGAAUGGUACCAGCAGGUUUUGCAACCAUCAGCAGAGUAUCUUGGAUCACUGCUUGGAGUGGACCAGUGGGCUUUGAGCAUAUUCACUGAAGAAAUUAUCCGUGCUGGAUCAGCUGCGGCAUUAUCUACACUUCUUAAUCGACUUGAUCCAGUUCUUCGGCAGACUGCUCAUCUUGGAAGCUGGCAGGUUAUUAGCCCAGUUGAAGCUGUGGGAUAUGUUGUUGCCGUGGAUGAGUUGCUUACUGUGCAAAAUAAAACUUACAAACUCCCAACAAUAGUAGUUGCAAAACGAGUAAAAGGAGAAGAAGAAAUUCCAGAUGGUGCAGUUGCUCUGCUGACCCCUGACAUGCCUGAUGUGCUAUCUCAUGUUUCUGUGCGAGCAAGAAAUAGCAAGGUUUGCUUUGCUACAUGCUUCGAUCCCAAUAUUCUGGCUGACAUUCAAGCAUAUGAAGGGAAAUUGUUGUGUCUGAAACCGACAUCAGCAGAUAUAGUUUAUAGUGAACUAAAGGAGGGUGAUCUAGCAGGUUCAAGUUCAACUAACUUGAUAGAAGUCAGUCAUUCACCUAUAAAGUUGGUCAGAAAGCAGUUCAGUGGCAGAUAUGCUAUAUCUUCUGAGGAGUUUACCAGUGAAAUGGUUGGUGCCAAAUCACGCAACAUUGCAUAUUUGGAAGGAAAAGUGCCGUCUUGGAUUGGGAUUCCUUCAUCAGUUGCUUUACCAUUUGGAGUUUUUGAGAAGGUUCUAUCUGAAGAUUCGAAUCAGGAAGUGGCUAAUAAGUUGCAACUGUUGAAGAAAAACUUAGGAGAAGAGUUUAGUGCUCUCAGGGAGAUUCGCAAUACAGUUUUACAGCUGGCAGUUCCACUGCAGUUGGUCCAAGAGCUGAAGACCAAGAUGCAAAUUUCUGGGAUGCCAUGGCCUGGUGAUGAGGGUGAACAGCGAUGGGAGCAAGCAUGGAUGGCUAUAAAGAAGGUCUGGGCUUCAAAAUGGAAUGAGAGAGCAUACUUCAGCACAAGAAAAGUAAAGUUAGACCAUGAUUAUCUUUGCAUGGCUGUCCUAGUUCAGGAAAUAAUAAAUGCUGAUUAUGCAUUUGUUAUUCAUACAACCAAUCCAUCUUCGGGGGAUUCAUCCGAGAUAUAUGCUGAGCUGGAUGAAGCAAGAGGCAUUGAUUUAUUGCUCCCUCGUGAUAUAGGUGGUAAAGGGACUUGGAGAAACUCUAGUCGGAGCUUAUCCUGGGGACAUGGAGGACUCUCAAGUUCAAGUAAACUAAUUGCUUGUAUUGUUGCUUCUAGAACUGAAUGUGAUAGAUACUUGCUGGAAAAAUUGAAAAUAAAAGAAGCUGUGUUGGGUUACCCGAGCAAACCCAUUGGGCUCUUUAUAAGACGUUCAAUUAUCUUCCGAUCUGACUCCAAUGGUGAAGAUCUAGAAGGUUAUGCCGGUGCAGGCCUUUAUGAUAGUGUGCCAAUGGAUGAAGAAGAGAAGGUUGUGCUCGAUUAUUCAUCUGAUCCAUUGAUCACCGAUGAUAACUUUCAAAGAUCAAUCCUCUCCAGCAUUGCUCGUGCAGGAAGUGCAAUCGAAGAGCUGUAUGGAUCCCCUCAAGACAUUGAAGGCGCAAUACGUGACGGUAAAGUCUACGUGGUUCAGACAAGACCCCAGGUGUAA